AACAACCAAUACGAGUGCGUCCACUCGGCGGCAUGCGAGCUCUUGACCACUUUGUGCAAACAUGAGUCAAUACGUACACGUCCCAAAGUCUGAACUGGAUGAGGCCCAGCUUCGGCAACUCGAGGAACAUGAGAUCAGUCAAGGUCCUCUCUCCGUCCUACAGCAAGCCGUCAGGAACCACACUCAGGUUCUCAUUUCGUUACGGAACAAUAAAAAGCUUUUGGCUAGAGUGAAGGCAUUCGAUAGACAUAGUAAUAUGGUGCUAGAAAACGUGAAGGAGAUGUGGACGGAAGUGCCCAAAGGCAAGAACAAAAAGCCUGUAAAUAAGGAUCGCUUCAUCAGCAAGAUGUUCUUAAGAGGUGACUCCGUAAUACUGAUUCUACGUAAUCAAGCAUAGGUCCUGUUGUAUUUGUGUCCCAAUAACACGGCCUUCCGCGUGUAAGUAUUAUCGUGGAGGUCACGGUAGCCAGCGUGUGCUCCAGCGAGAAGGGGAAAUUUGUACGAUAUCUAUAAGGUCUUACAGCAUCGUGCAGAUUGAGUCACACUACGAAGUCGCCCUGCACCCCUAGCUGUCCCUGUUGUCUAGGGCCCUCCUGGUCUUGAAGAUUGAACUCAGCGUUAUCC